UAUUAUGUGAAAGGUUUCAGAAAAAUUUGAAUAAAUCAGUAGCUACUCUGAUCCAAGUAUGGAAACUCUAAGAUCUCCUCGAGAUCGCUGGCAAGUAAGAUCAUCAGUAAGCAAGCGGAGCAGAGGUCAAGACAAGACUCCAGAUAAGGUGGCUGAUGGUGUGAGGAAGAAUCUGUUUGGCUCUGUAGAGAGUGACCCAGAUGAUGACGCUGUAGCUGAUCACAGCUCCUCAUCAGAAUACUACAGUCAGUCCAGCAGCAUGGAUCAGUCCAGGACAUCAAAGAGACUGCUAUUUGAGAGUCCAUCACAGGAUGAUGGUGGUGGAUGGACCAUGAACUUUGCCACCCCUCAGUCUACCCCUCCCAAACUCAUGGAGGGCUCAUUCGCUGAGACCCCGCUCCACAAACGCCAACGUCUCUUCUCCCCCCAAACUCCCAAAGAACUUCUCUCAACUUUUCGUCCCACUAGUCUGUUCUCUCAAGACAGCCCCUCCUCGUGUGGCUCUCCCAACACCAGCUGUGACAGUGUGGACUCACUACUCAAGGACCCCCCCAAUGAUACCAUGAUGGUUUCUCCUCCACGCUUGGAGCGACUGCAGCUGUUUGACUAUCCUCGCACACCUCUCAGUAUCGCUAGGAGCUCUGGGGUUCAAGUCCAAACACCCGGAAAGUCAGUCCAGCGACCAACCAAAUCACUGUUUAAUCGAAUCAAACAUAGUCACAUGACCCGCUCUGGUCCUGAGCUGAGACGCCGGCCCUCCAGGGGCACCAACGUUAAUCCCUUCACUCCUGUCGAGCUCCAGCGUAAGAGCAAAAGCAAAAGUGUUCAAGCCACUCCUGUCGUCAACGGUGCCUCCGUCUCGCUAACCCCCCUCUUUGACAAGGACCUCGCAAAACCACACAAGAAACUGGCUCUAAGGGAGAGUAACAUCUCUCGUUACAAGGAGGAGUUCCAUGAGGUCUGUGAGAUUGGCUCCGGAUCAUUCGGCACCGUCUUCAAAUGCAUCAAUCGUCUUGACGGCUGUGUCUAUGCCCUCAAGAGAUCACACAAGCCUGUGGCUGGCUCUGCAGACGAGGCCGCUGCUUUGCGUGAGGUGUGUGCUCACGCUGUCCUCGGCUCCCACCCACACCUAGUACGCUACUACAGUGCCUGGGCUGAGGACAAUCACAUGCUCAUUCAAAACGAGUUCUGCAAUGGUGGUAACCUCUUGUCCAGGAUAGCCCAGAACAGACGUGCGGGUGGAGUGUUCUCUGAGGAGGAGAUAAAGAGCCUCUUGAGACACGUCUGCUUAGGUCUUCAGUACAUCCAUUCCAUGGGUCUCGUCCACUUGGACAUCAAACCUGACAACAUUUUUAUCUCACUCUUAGAGCCCCACCUCCCUACCGCCAUGGCAACCAUCAUGGAGGAUACAAGCUCGAAAGGAAGAGACCUCAUAUACAAAAUUGGUGAUAUGGGUCUGGUGACCUCUGUCAGUGACCCCCAGGUGGAGGAGGGUGACUGUCGCUACCUGCCCAGAGAGAUACUGCAAGAGAACUUCAAUAAUUUACCCAAAGUGGAUAUCUUUGCUCUGGGUCUCACUACAUACACUGCUGGGAGCAGUUUAGAUCUGCCCAAGAACGGAGACAGCUGGCACAGGAUACGAGAUGGUCAGCUGGAGCCUCUGUCUGAUUGCUCGGCAAAACUUAACCAGCUGCUCGUGCGUAUGAUCCAGUCUGACCCUGCUCACAGACCCUCGGCUGCUGAUCUACUAGCACUACCUAUAGUUUGCUCAGCUGCUCAGAAAUCAAAGGCUCAGCUGUGCAAGGAACUAAAUGAAGAGAAAUUUAAAAAUGAAAUACUGACUAGGGAACUGAAGGAAGCAAGGACCACCUGCACCCAAAGACCUAACCUGACCAUUGGGAAAGUGGCUCUUGGUGGUACCAAGCUGAACAGAAGCAUGAGUAUUGCCUAGCUAUAGCUAUCUCCUCUCUUUACUUGUUGUAAAUUCAAUAUUAAUUUUCUGAUCACUUUA